GCUUUUGAUACGAAUAUGAAACAGCAAAAAUUUUAGGUUUUAGGUUAGGUUAGGUUGUAGGUUUGUAGGUUUUAGGUUGUAGGUAGGUAGGUUUGUAGGUUAGGGUAGGUUUGUAGGUUGUAGGUUGGUAGGUUAUAGGCACAACACAUGGAGCCAAAUGGUCACCAACAAAAAGUUGAGUCUGGCUAUAAGUCAGACACAAUAUCAUCAAUGAACAGGAGUGACACUCUGAGCUCAAAAAUCUCCUACCAGCCAUACAGUCCAUUGGAGGUAUGCAUCCAGGACCAAUGGUACAGCGCCACGGUCGGCAUGGAGGGCGACUACCUCAGCGUCACGCUGGACGACGUCACCGACAACAUGGUCAACAACAACGACAGCUCGCCGACCGACGACGUGCCCGACGCCGUCGCCAACCACAAGCGGACCGUGGUCAUCAACAAACCCGAGAGCAGCGGCCUCGGCAUCUCAAUCAAGGGCGGAAAGGAGAACAAGAUGCCCAUACUCAUCUCAAAGAUUUUCAAGGGCAUGGCGGCCGAUCAGACCGAGCAGCUUUACGUCGGUGACGCCAUCCUGUUCGUCAACAAUGAGGAUCUCCGCGACGCUACACAUGAUGCCGCCGUGCAGACGCUGAAACGUGCCGGCAAACAGGUCAUCUUGGAAGUCAAGUACCUACGCGAGGUGAAGCGCUACUUCCGCAAGGCGACGCUGACGGGCCAGCUGGGCUGGGACGUGGAGCGCGAGUACCUGACGCCCGGCCGGCUGGCCAGCUCGCCUUCCGAACGACCGCCGGAGCGCUCCCCGGACACGAAACUGAUCCGUCUACAGCUCUGUCAUCUGGCCAGGAACAUCCGGUGCCAGGAUGCCAACAGUUUCGAGAUUCACUCUCAGGACCUGCUGCACUGCUGUGUGCUGCGAUCCUCCGACGUCAACCAGGUCAACUGCUGGUUCAACACGCUGCACUCGUCACUGAGCGCCCUGACGCAGCAGGCGAUCGAGGUCACCAAUGAGCGCGUACGUGACCUUCUGGACGGCAGUAGUGUGCUGCACAUGGGCUGGGUCCGUGUACGAUCCACAGAACAGGACCAGUCGCUGGACAACCGUCCGUGGGAGCAGCGGUUCGCGGCGGUGACUGAGCGGGAGCUGCUGCUGUUUAACAAGGUGCCCUGGACGCUGGAGGCGUGGGCAGCGCCGGCCGUCGCCCUGCCCCUCUUCAUGACACGUCUGGUGCGGUACCGUCUGACGCCCACCGACGGACCGCCGUCCCCCUCGGAGCCCAUCACCCUAACCACGCGGACGGGCACGCGGCGCGGCGUCACCGCAGUACAGUGGCGCGUGGAGACGCCCCGGGACCUGGCCACCUGGAGCAGGGCCGUGGUGCAGGCCACGCACUCGGCAGUGGCUGAUCUGCAGCAGCUGGUGUUUGACUGCCGCUGGAAGGGCCAGGACGCGCGGCUGACCAUGCACUUCGAGAACGGCCUGACGCUCCGGCCGGCCACCGACCCGGCCGCGCAGCUGCCCGAGGCGCUCUGGCACUACAGCUUCGACAAACUGCUGGACUCUGGCGACGAUAACCGCAGCGUGGUCCACCUCAACUUCGGCAAGGGCGAGAUGCAGGAGUUGGACUUCCUCGGAUCGUCUCCGAAGCCGUUCGUCUUCGCUCUGCACACAUUUUUAUCGGCCAAGGUGGAGCGCUUGGGCCUGACGUGAGCAGCCGGUCUACCCUCCCCGAAGUUUGCCCCCCCCCCCUCUGGGCGUGCGGUGACCACAGCACGGCGCGGCGCGGUCUAUCGCGUCCUGCCGGCCACAUAUCAGUCCGUGGGCGCGGACGGACCCGGUCCGGCGCCACCUCGUCUUCCCCGCUAUAUCACGACCGCCGCCGCCGGUGGGUGGGCCGAACGAUGUUACGAUGUGUGUUCUACAGCGCGGCGGGCGGCGCGCUCGCUCGUUUUUCGGCAGCUGUUGGGGCGGCUCGCGCCGGGCUCUGUGUGUACGGUUGCUGUUGGUGCGCGUUCUUUGUGUCCCGCUGGUGUUGCUCGCGCUGUGUCGGCGGCCGUCCGCUCAGCCGCGGUGCCCGCUGGCUCCGGUCCUGUGGUGUGCUAGCAAUAACGCUGCCACUGCGCGCCGACGCGCCGGUCGCCGUCUCUUGCUCAAAGCAAAUCAGCGACUAGACCUGACCCUUCCGCCAAUGAGCGUUGCGACGACGGUCCGUCGACCAAUAGGCGUUUUCGACGGCGCUGUGUCCGCCAAUCCAGUGACAUUGGAGGUGUUCUAUCAGCUAACCACCAUUCGGCAGGCCUGCUCUUGUCGCUCAGGCCGCUAGGUGCGGCUGUCGCGGGCUAUUCCACGCUCUCGGGUAUGAACUGAACCAUAUCAGUGCGUGGUGGGCUGUUGGGCGGCGCCGCCGGUUGUGAAAACUGUACAAAUUGGAGCCCGCGGGGCCGGUGUAGCGCACACGGCCCGGCGGCCGAUCGUUCUUCCUUUCUUUUUAUGCGCGGGGCUCGCAAUAUGAAACAGGCGCGCUUUCCUGUUGGUCCUGCAUUUACAUAGUUAUAUAUUGUGAGUGUAUUUGCGGCGUUUUCUGAGCUGUCGUUUUAGGCUCUGCUGGCCUCUGUCCCGUGCUGUUGCAUCUUUGUAAUAUGCUACGCAUGUGUGAUUCUGUACUGUCAGCUCUCACUCUGCCUGGUGAUGCCGCUGAAUCAAGUAUUAUGAAUUAUGAAGUUUUAUUGUAAAUGUAUGCAUGUAUUUCAUAACUUUUGCCUGGUCAUGUUCGGUGCCAAAUUGCAUCUGGGCAAGUUAUUGGACGUUUAAUAUAUAUUUACAUUAAUCAUAGGCAUUA